AUGUCUCGUAUUGGAAGUCUAUGGACGAUUUUUGCGGGUAAGUCUUCUUGUAUUAGUCAAUAUUUUUUGUUUAAAAAGGGAUAAAAAGAGGUUAGAUUGAUUCGAAAACUUAUUUCAUCUCAACUCACUUUUUUGCCGUCUUCAAUUAAAGGAACAGUUGUUUAAUUAGCAUAUUCGUGUUUAUUUUGUAGUCGACACAAUGGAAGUUAUAAGCAUGCUAAAGGAAAAGAUAAUCUUCACUACAAUAAACCUCGAUCGCGCGGGUAUCACUUGGAGUAUUUUUCUCUUACAGUAGAAACUAAGAUGAUGUUGCAAAACGUUUACGAUGGGAAUAUUUAACAUGAGGUUAAAACGAUCGAUUAUUUUGGAAGACAGUGAUAGCUAGUGAUCGUCAUGUUACACAAGUUAUGAUACAUGAAAACUGAAAGAUGAAGAAUUCAGUGAAAACUUUCGUACAACAAUAAUUGUAAAUGCCACACCACACAUUAAUCUCGAUUAAAAAAUUUUGCUCGCCGGCAUUAGCAAUCCAAGUUCGGCUUUUUGAGGGCUUCGCAAAUGUUUGAGAAAUUGCUGCUGUAAUUGACACGCGAGCAGUUAUAAGCAUGCUAAAGGAAAAGAUAAUCUUUACUACAAUAAACCUCGAUCGCGCGGGUAUAUAUUACUUGGAGUAUUUUUCUUUUACAGUAGAAACUAAGAUGAUGUUGUAAAACGUUUACGAUGGGAAUACUUCAAGCCAGGUUAAAACGAUCGACCAUUUUGGAAGUCAGUGAAAACUUUCGUAUAACGAUAAUUGUAAAUGCCACACCACUCAUUAAUCUCGAUUACAAAAUUUUGUUCGCCGGCGUUAGCAAUCCAAGUGUGACAGAGUCACUUUUAUAGUUCCUUAAGAAACUUAUAUAUCGUUUUAUUAUGUUUUUAGUUACCGGUUGUAGUUUUUUUUUUAUUCUUUUGGCUUAUUUUGCAAUUCUGUAGACGUGGGUAGAUCGGUUCACGCUUACUGUCUAGAAAGGUCACCAUCCCUAUUGUUUAGUCAAAUUCCCGGUUCAGUUUCUAGGGUUAAUCACGUAUUUUUGUAGUUUUACUUACUUGUCUUUUAGAUAUGCGUAGGAUUGGUAUUUUCUUAGGUUUGUUUUUCCUGUGCGUAGUUUUUGCUAUCGCGAUUUAUCGUUUUUCUUUUCAACACCUAUUAUUUGCAAGUUAGGCGUGACUUGGGCGCUUAUUUAAUCCCUUCUAAUCAGGCUGUGAUGUAUUUUUUUAAUGCUUUUGACUCGUUUCCUGUCACAUAAGUAUCUGUUUGCUUAGUAUAAAUACGAGUACUUUUGUCUAGUUUCCUCGAGUUAAGUUAGCUCGGCUAUUAAGCUUUGCUAUUUAGCUGUGGAGCUUAAAUCCCCAGAAGGUCUCAACCUCUGGUAAUUUUUGCGUAACAUUUCCUUAUUUCGUUGUUUCAUUCUCGCGCUGUAAUUAAUAUAUUUCAUUAGCUUCGUUUUGUCGUUAGUUUUGUUUGUAAUUAGGUGUUCGUUUUUCUUUUGUAAUAAACAUUCAUUUAAGCCCACUCCUUGCAUCCAGAUGAUUCAUGUCGUUGCAGUGCCACUGCUCUUUGGCCUCUGGCCGUUGGCGGCGUUGAACCGCUCGCGCCGCGCGGCUACACAAGUUCGAGUUUGUGAGGGCUUCGCAAAUGUUUGAGAAAUUUCCGCUGUAAUUGACACCAGUCUUUGGAAACGCGAGCAUUUAGUUUAUUAGAGGACAGUUCUGUAUGCAUUUAAAUAUGUACAAAAUCCUUGUGCUAAUUUUUCAUUUGCGUUACAAAAAAAGAUCGAAUGACCCCGAAUGCCCGUUCUUCCAGUUUUACCUAAGGAAAAUAACAUGAGGUACAAUCUUAGAAAUACGUCAGUCUCUGUCCCUAGAAUCUACACUGACAGGUUUAAGAACGUUUUUAGUAACAGAAUAAUUUUUAGAUAUGAUAUGUAAAUAGUUUUUGAGUUUAUAUUGUAACUUAGGAUAUGUGAUUUUAUCUUAAGAAAUAAAGAUUAUUAUUAAAGCUAUUUUACUGUCACGCAAGUAAAAUGUAGUUGAUGGAACGUGACGCCAGUUAUCAGUAACCCUUUCAUGGCGGUUCCUUCAAUAAAGCAGUUGUGUAGUCAAGCUGCCAAGGUCAGCAAGCUCUAAGAUACAUUGUAUUCUAGCGUAGAACUUUACGGCCUUGUUGUCUUUAGCAUGCUAGUACGAUCCACAGCAUUGGCCAACUUUUUCAAUGCACUAUUCAUAGCUAAGAGUUCGCACGUGCAACGCUGAGCUGUCUUGUAGUACAGCCUUUUCUACUGGCUAUGCCAGCAGACGUUUGUCUAGCUAUAAAAGCCUAGAACAAGUGUUCAGAGUUCACUUGGCUUCUGUUAUUCAGCAGGGUUAGCGCUCAGUAUACGAUUCUUGUAAAAUUUUUAAAAUGGCUCGCCCUCGUCGUACUAUUUCACACUCGAACCGUGCAUCCAGCCGAGGUGAACAGGAUCUCUCCGCGCUAGCAAGCGAAAUGCUCAAACUCCGUCUUCAAGCCCUGAACCUCCCCAUUAAGGGAUCCAAAGGGCAGCUGCUAAAUCGACUGAAGCGGGCCUUGCCGGGACAAGUGGCCACGUCGACCACGGCGCAACCAAAGCGAGUUUCCAACGCUAAAGCUCGUAAGGGGCGCCCUGCAACGAGAACCACCACGGCGACCGGGCGCUAGUCGGAAAGCCUUUCAGCGAACCUCGGCAACGUUAAUAACGAAGACAACGCCCUGUCAGACCGCGCUUCGUUGUCUUCUAUCGAGGACAUGAUCGAGUCGGAUCCUGAGCCGGACGAGUCCAACUUCCAACGGAACACCGGUUUCAGCCAAACUCAGCGUGCAGCAAUCGAGGCCAUCGUGACUGAUUCAGUCCGCUCCGCCAUAACAACGCUUCAAACUUCGCCAACCGCUCAUCUUCCUUCACCAGCCGCGCAGCUUUCUUCUGCCUCGCCUCAAAGUCUCUUCACACUGCGCAUGGCUUCCCCUCUAGGGCUUUCUAGGCCAGUAGACAAGACUUUGGAGGACAAAAAUACUCAGGGGUGAGUACAUUGACUUUGCGUUACUUUUGGCCGAUACAUUAUACCAGUCCCAGACUCCUGAAAUUCAGCUCCGUUUGGACGACUCGUCCUCAGGCCCCAUGGGUUCUCCGGUUACCAUGGUCAGAAAGAAAAAACCGGUAAUUGAUACCUUCCUCAAGUGGCUCGACGCUUUCAUGACCUACAUGUUAAUACUCGUGAAUGCCUACCCACGACGGGCGCUCGAGCUUAUCAAAUACCAGCAAAUUAUCAGCCGAGCGGUCGCUAAAUUUAAGGGUUUGGCCUGGCUAUCGUACGACCAGCAGUUCCGUCGCCGGGAGGCCUAUGACUUGUCCCUGAGCUGGGAUAAGGUAGACCUUGAGCUAUGGACAGUGACUUUCGCAGGCCUCGCUAAGCCCCGCUGCAAUGUUUGCUCGAGUCCCUAUCACGCUGAGGAUGUCUGUCCUUCUGCUGACCUUAACAGAAAAUCUCACCGCCCUCAGUCUGUGUGCUUCGACUUCAACAAGUCCUCUGGCUGCCGGCGCCGAAAUUGCAGCUUCCCCCACGUGUGCCGCCGCUGCUUCCAGCACCCGCCCCGCUCCGGAAUGCAUCCAGCCACAGCCCAGCAGCGCCAACAAGGCCCCAAGACCUAGCGACCGCAGCAAGAAGUAAAGUGGAGCAGCAACAGCUUAAUCACAAGCUUUUAGUAUCCUCGCCUAUUGACAUUUAUCGUUUAGAGUUAGAAUUAGCCACUCAUCCUAAUAGACACUUUGUAUGUAAUCUGCUCAGUACGCUCAAGGAGGGCGCUCGCAUCGGCUAUACAGGGCCGCGUUCAGACCUGGUCUCCCCGAACCUCAUUUCGGCAGCACAGCACCCUGAAGUCGUUUCUUUGAAUUUGCAGAAGGAAAUAGCCCUGGGAAGGGUAGCAGGUCCCUACCCCUCCACCCCGUUACCUAAGUUUCAAUGUCAUCCGGUAGGCGUUAUCCCCAAAAAGCACUCAACUGAAUGGCGCACUAUUUACCAUCUCUCCUUCUCCCAGGGUACUAGCAUUAACGACCACAUUCCUAAAGAUCCCUACUCUCUAAGUUAUGUACGGGUUGACGAUGCCAUCCGUAUCCUGGGAAGGGGAGCUUUUAUGGCCAAAACUGAUCUCAAAUCAGCCUUUCGUCUGAUACCUAUUCAUCCGGACGACUGGAACUUACUAGGCAUUUAUUGGCAAUCCCAAUACUAUGUAGACAUGUACCUACCCUUCGGGCUCCGUUCGGCCCCGUUCCUCUUUAAUCAGUUGUCCGACGGUCUCGAGUGGAUCCUUAAAAAUAACUACGGCAUCCAGCAUGUUAUUCACAUUCUGGACGAUUUCUUUAUUGCCGAGCGAAACAAAUCAGACUGUUUAACCAGCUUUAGUACUCUGUUAAGGGUAUUCAUGUCACUUAAAGCCCCGGUAGUCGCUUCCAAGACGAUAGGCCCCUCCCGGUAGAUUGAGUUUAUGGGUAUUAUCUUAGACAGCGUCCGCAUGGAGGCCCGCUUGCCCCAGGACAAACUCAUCAGGAUCAAUCAGCUGCUCGACUCCUUCGGUUAGUGCGCCUGGUCGAGUUACAGUCACUGAUCGGGACUCUUCAGUUUGCAUGUAAAGUAGUGGUGCCGGGUAGGACCUUUCUACAGCGAGCGAUCAAUUUGAUCAGGGGGGUCCCCAGUCGUUUUCACCACAUAAGGCUGAAUAAGGAAUUCUUUAAGGACCUAGUCAUGUGGAAAAUUUUUUCUCUCCAAAUGGAAUGGGCGCUCCUUUUUUUCUCGAGUCUACUCCUACCCCUGCUCAAAAUCUCGAGCUAUACACCGACGCUGCGGGCUCUAUAGGCUUUGGGGAUACUUCCAGGGCAGGUGGUUUCAGGGGCCAUUGGCCCCCGAAAAUGCAGUUGAACCAACAACAGGCAAUUAGUAUUGAAUGGCAAGAGCUCUUCCCCAUCGUUGUUGCCUGCGCCAUAUGGCACCCUCUUCUCGCCGGAAAACGCCUUCAAUUCUGGUGCGAUAAUUUAUCUGUGGUAUCUAUUACAAAUUCAGGGCAUUCUAAGAUCCCCCGCAUUAUGGAUUUGGUUAGACGUCUCGUCCUUCUUUCCAUGCAGCACAACUUCGUAGUGCGAGCUCGUCACGUGCCUGGGGUUUCAAACGCAAUUGCUGACGCACUCUCCCGAUUUCAGAUGCAGCGCUUCCGGGUCCUUGCCCCCGACGCCGACCAGAAUCCUUGUACCAUCGCGCCUUCGCUCAUGACCCUCUGAGGGAGGAAGUCCUAAGGUACGCUACCUGGGGUCUUGCUGAAAACACAAAUCGGGCCUGCAGCUCUGGGGAAAAACGGUUUUUACAAUUUUGCCUUAUGAAUCGUAUCUUCAGCUCAGACGGGGAUGUGUUACCUGCCUCCGAAGGGACCCUUAUAUACUUUGCCUCCUACCUAGCGAGAACAGUACGGCAUAGUACCAUUAAACUCUAUUUAGCCGCCUUUCGCAACCUUCACGUGACAGUAGGAUACCCUGAUCCCCUUAAAGGCAAGCUCCUUCUCGGCAAGGUUUUGCGCGGCAUUCUUCACUAUCAGGGCAACCAGCGCGCCCGUCGCCUACCUGAAACCCCUGAGGUUCUUCUUGCAAUUCGUCCUGUCUUGCAGUCAUGGCUUAGUUCCCGGGAUUCUUCUAUGAUCUGGGCCGCGUUCAACUUAGCCUUUUUCGCUUUCCUGCGCUGUAGCGAAUUUACCUACAGCGGGGUUCGCAAAUUUCGCCAACAAUUCGAUCUUUCUACCGAUUGCAUAACGUUUCACCCCAGCCUGGCCUGCCUGCAGCGCAUAACAGUAUAUCUAAAAUCGUCUAAGACAGACAUGGCUAGGGAAGGUCAGUCACUCACUAUAGCUCGCACCUCGACGCCCCUUUGCGCAGUUACAGCUAUGGAAGAGUAUUUUCUCUUAGUUAGGCCUCGGCAUGGACCUUUGUUUUACUUCACAUCAGGUCGUUACCUCACUUGGGGCAUCGUAUCCGACCUCCUUAGGGAUAGUGCUAGGGUGGCUGGCCUCCCUUAUCAAAGCCUAAAAGGGCAUAGCUUUCGCAUCGGUGCGGCCUCCGUUGCAGCCGCCGCCGGCUUGCCAGAUUGGCUUGUAAAAGUUCUUGGUCGCUGGUCCUCGGACUGUUACCAGCUGUAUAUCAGAACUCCUCAAUCUACAAUCUGUGGCUCCCAGGAUGGUUAUUGUUCCUGGACGCUUCCAGCCAAUAUAGCCUCCUUUUUUUUUCUACUUGUUGAUUCGUUUUCUCGUUGGGCUUGGGGGGAUGCAUUGCCUCGCAUGCAUCAGUGGCGGUUAAUUCUGCGCAGCGACUUCCCCCAAGCUUGUUGGCGUUUAAUAUCACCUACAAACCGAUACUCUUGUCCGAUCCAGCACGUACUGUAUUGCAUUCAGCUCGUAGUGCUGGGGAGAUAAGUGAGGUUCUUUGGUCACGCCAUCGCCGGAAGUCGCAUUAGGCUAACCUAGCGCAAGGCAGUGCUCCCCCAUUAACGCCAACUUGUCAUUAUUUGUUUUUUAUAAUUUAGUUAUGCGUUUAACAUGCAUCGCGAAGGAACAGAGACAUUAAAAGCUAUUUUACUGUCGCGCAAGUAAAAUGUAGUUGAUGGAACGUGACGCCAGUUAUCAGUAACCCUUUCAUGGCGGUUCCUUCAAUAAAGCAGUUGUGUAGUCAAGCUGCCAAGGUCAGCAAGCUCUAAGAUACAUUGUAUUCUAGCGUAGAACUUUACGGCCUUGUUGUCUUUAGCAUGCUAGUACGAUCCACAACAUUGGCCAACUUUUUCAAUGCACUAUUCAUAGCUAAGAGUUCGCACGUGCAACGCUGAGCUGUCUUGUAGUAAAGCCUUUUCUACUGGCUAUGCCAGCAGACGUUUGUGUAGCUAUAAAAGCCUAGAACAAGUGUUCAGAGUUCACUUGGCUUCUGUUAUUCAGCAAGGUUAGCGCUGAGUAUACGAUUCUUGUAAAAUUUUUCCCUCCCUCCCUCCCUUUGGAGACGAGGUUUGGGCUUUGUUUUGUGCUAUGCGGUCAAAUAAACUAGGGACACUCCUGCGCCGUGCGGUUAAGUCUGCGCAGCGACUUCCCCCAAGCUUGUUGGCCGCGUUGCCGUUUAAUAUCACCGGCAAACCGAUACUCUUGUCCGAUCCAGCACGUGCUGGAUUGCAUUCAGCUCGUAGUGCUGGGGAGAUAAGUGAGGUUCUUUGGUCACGCCAUCGCCGGAAGUCGCAUUAGGCUAACCUAGCGCAAGGCAGUGCUCCCCAUUAAAGCCAACUUGUCAUUAUUUGUUUUUUAUAAUUUAGUUAUACGUUUAACAUGCAUCGCGAAGGAACAGAGACAUUAAUUAUUAUUAUUAUUAUUAUUAUUAUUAAAGAUAGCACUAAAAGUUUUGGCCUUUUUUUUCGUGUCUUUAAUAUAGAAUAAGGGAAGGAAACAUAUACUUGAAAUUUAAUAAACUGAUGUGUUACUGUGGCAUGCACCUGCGUGCUUCUCAAUUGAUAGAGCUGUCAAAAUGCGACAGUCAUUAAUACGCCGUUUUAGUCAGUCAGGUGAUUGCAUUUUAAUUUCCCUAAAAAGUUUGACGUUCCAGAAUUUUCCGCUUAAGGGUGGAUUUUCAUUGUCGUAUAAUUUUACGGGCGUACACGCGUUAAAUGUAAAUUUUACUGGCGAAAAUAACAUAGAGGCGAGGUAAUGUAUAUUCAUACAUUGCCUCUAUCUUAUUUUCGUUAGUAAAAUUUAAAUGCGUAUGCACGUAAAUAUUACUCUACAGUGGUAAUCCACUUUAGGGGGAUAUUUUUUUGUUGAUCUUGCCCCCUAGGGUCAAGCGUUUAGUGACUAGUCACUUUCCAGCCAAUUUUUUUUCAGCAGCUUAACUUACAAAGAAACAGAAAACUCAAGCUCGCUGAGUAGCCUUCUGUAGGUUCAAGGGAAUAUUUUCCCCUUCACUUCUCUCCGCAUAUUGGGAUGUAAUUUUAGUACAACACGCGGAUUCGUACUUGGUUAAUUUUGCCGAAAAACGCGUUUUGAAGCUAGUCGAGUGGUUUUCUGGUCACUGUCGUGCUAUAAAGAGCUAAAACUUACCACAAACUGGUUUACAGGUCGAACACUUCGCGGCCUUCUGACCCAGAUGCAAAAUAUCAGCUUGCGAAGUUCGGGCAUGCGCAGAAAGCACAAUUUCGUUUUUGGGUUUAAAAGUGACACAGCAGUCUCGAUUUUUACUUUUCGCUUUCUCUCCUCCCUUCUUUUUUCGCUUUUCUUGCCUCAUUUUUUUUUCUUUUGCUGGGCAUUUAGUAGGCUUCAUUUUGGUGGGAAGAGUUUUUAGGAAAGCGUUUAGGAUCUUAGGAUUAGGUGAAAGGAAAGGUAGGCGGGUAAUGGAACAAGAUUUUCAUGGAGAUUUUCAGGUCAAUGUCAGGUGGUCUUUUGCUUGUUUCUCCGGUGUCCUGGACUAAAUUGUGCUCAUUCUGGUAUGGUUUGAAAGAUCUCUACACUCUGCACAAGUUAGCGAAGAAAGUUGUCCUUGACCGUUAAAACUGAUGACGUCACAAUGGGUAGAAAGGACCUGGAUCCGCACGGGCGGUUACGGGCGGUUCAGGGGCGAAUGGGUUAAAGAUGUAUAUAGUAAUCCUAACUUCUGCUUCAUUUCAGUUUUCGCAAAGAUUUAUUUGUCAGAAUACAACUUUGGUUGUGUCAUCACUCCAAUAAGGACGAACAUCACCAAUGAAGCUCUUAACUGCUCCUUUAGUGGUCUCACUGUCGAAGCUGUAAACUGGACGAGAAAUGGACGACAUAUAAAAGAAGAUUUCAACAAAACUUGGUCAGCGAUAAUUGUUAACAGCAGUUCCCAUGACCAGGUUAUCGGGAAGUUCAAGUGUAUCGGAAAGCGAGGUCAUAACUUGUUUUCAUGCUCGGCUUAUCCAAGUAAGUUGAAAUUUGAAGAUAAAUUGCGUUAAUCUUCAUUCAAAAUAUUUCGCAGUUUCUGGAUGAUAAGCACAAAUCCCCUGGCUAUUUCUUUAUAAAAGCCUCCCUUCUAGAUCUUUUGCAAAGUUGGAAGGUGUAUAGUCAAUAUACAAUGGAGGCGUUGAGUUAUUGCCAAUAAUAGGAACUUCGCCCAGGCAGCGGCGCGCAACGCAGCACGCCAGCGAAGGAUCAAUCUAGGUUUCUGGGAAACUGCCCCAAGCCAACAUUUCGGCCCUAAGUGAGAAGUAAGUGAUAAUGUUGACAUAGGGGAGGGGUGGGCGGUCAGUUUCCCUAAAAACCUAAAUUGAUCCAAAAAGAAUUUCUAGAAAGAAAUGCACAAAUACGCAAUUCAUAUUACUCGAUGGAUGUCGAGUGAUACUUUUUGAGGAGUAUCUGCAAUGAACUUAGAAAUAUUUGGAAUUGAAUUCGGCUUUCAUAUGAUAUGGGCCGAGAUGAACUGCUGUUAAUUCAAAGGCGGAGUAACUAAAUUUCUGAGUAAAACUGAACGGAAGAAAAAGAUAUUGCUUGUUGGAAUUUAUCUACUACUUUUUGAUGAGCAUCUACACAAGAAAUGUUUAUAUGCUGAAACCGAGUCUAGAAAUAGUCUUUAGUUUUCAAGGAAGUCAGCUCCACGAAGAUAAGCUUGAUAAGGACUUGAAAAUAUUUCGAAUGGGUGGCUGUUAUGCUUUAUCAUCAAUAAUAAUAUUGUUAAACCACACCGAGUUCAUAGAACUGGGCAGUUCUUCCCCGUCGGCUUUUUUCUUUCUUCCUAUUCUUUCCUGUCAUUAAAUCCCGCUUCAAAGGAUGCACCACUUGGGCUUUAUUUUAUUUCAUUUAUAAAGUUAUUAUUAUUUUUUAAGGUAAACCGACCUUACAGCCCUUGCCUUCCGUUAAAAUAGUGGAAAAAGGACUUAUCACAGAGGUGGUUUGUAAAGCAAGUGGAUGGCCCGCACCUCGUCUUUCCUG